AUGUCUUCACGGCGUCGCGUGAUCUCAUCUUCAUCGAACAAGAAGAGGAAGAAAGCUCCCGAGAUUCAUCUCCCUCCGUUCCUAAAACCCGGCGCCGCCGUGGAGAUCAGCUCCGACGAGUCCGGUUUCCGCGGAUCUUGGUACCUUGGGAAACUCGUCACCACCGUCCCAUCCGACUCCUCCACCACCACGAGAUGCGAGGUUGAGUACACGACGCUCUUCUUCGACAAAGAAGGGAGGAAACGGCUCAAGGAGGUUGUCGACGUGGCGCAGCUUCGUCCUCCCGUGCCGGAAGUGGCUGAGAGGGAGAAGAGGAGGGAUGUUAAGGUUGGGGAAGAGGUGGACGCGUUUUACAGUGAUGGUUGGUGGGAAGGGACGGUGACGGAGGUUUUGGGUGAUGGGAGGUUUAGUGUUUACUUUAGGGCUUCCAAGGAGCAGAUUCGGUUUCGGAGAGAUGAGUUACGGUUUCAUAGGGAGUGGGUUAAUGGUGUGUGGAAGCCGCCGGUUGAGGAAAUGGAAGAGGAGGAGGAGGAGGAAGAGGAGGAAGAUGAUACAGAAGAGGAAGAGGAUCUUUUAUCCCUAGUGGAUCCGGAAAGUGCAAGAGAAAUCGCGAAACAAAUGUUUUCCAAUGGAACAAUUGUUGAGGUUAGCAGCGAUGAGGAAGGUUUCAAGGGGUCUUGGUUUGCAGCUAAAGUCGUUGAACACAUUGACGAAGACAAGUACCUUGUUGAGUACCGAGACUUGAGAGAAGAAAAUGGCAUCGAGCCUUUGAAAGAAGAAGCCGACUUUCUGCACAUAAGGCCACCACCACCAAGUGAGGAGGAUAUUAUAGAUUUCGCUGUUGGGGACAAGAUUGAUGCGUUUUACAAUGACGCCUGGUGGGUAGGUGAUGUCAUAGAGAGUAUGAAGGAUGGAAGCGUUGGUAUCCAUUUCAGAUCAGGAGAAAAGAUGCGGUUUGGAAGACAGGGUCUUCGUCUGCAUAAAGACUGGAUCAACGGGACUUGGCAGCUACCAGUGAAGCGAGGAGAGACGAAGAGGGCAGCAACAAAGGUUCCGUUGAGACCUAAAAAAGCAAAAGCAAUCGACAAGGAAAAUCUCAGCGUUGGGAAUCAAGUCGAGGUUAGCAGUGUUGAAGAAGGGUUUGAAGAUUCUUGGUUUCUUGCAAAGCUUAUUGAAUACAUUGGAACGGACAAAUGCCUUGUGGAGUAUGAGAAGUUGAAAGCUGAAGAUGGGAAAGAGCCAUUGAGAGAAGAGGUUAAUGUUUAUCAGAUAAGGCCUAGACCACCGGAGAUGGUCAUGGUUCACCCGUUCGAGAAGCUUGACGAAGUUGAUGCAUUGUAUAAUGAUGGAUGGUGGGUCGGAGUGGUUAAAAAGGUUCUUGCAGAGUCAAGCUACUUAGUUCAUUUCCCGAAUACAAACGAGGUGCUGAAGUUUCAUGUUUCUCAACUAAGGCUACAUCAGGAAUGGAUUGAUGGCAAAUGGGUAGCAUCUUCUAAGACUCAAACGGUGUAAUUGACUUGGGAUGAUGUUGGUGUCAACCACAGCAGUGAUCUUGGUUCCAUAAGAGACAAGCUUAUCUAUCUCUUCGAACUUGUGGAUGAUGCUCUGUUUCUGCUUCAGCCACACAACACCUGACUCUCUGUGUCAUGCCCAGCCUCUUCUCUGUCCUUCAAUGGUAGUAAGCCACUGGGCAUUUAGAUAUUUCCUUGUACAAAACUUUGGCCUCUUGGCAUAUUUUCUGCAGUGUACUUCUCUGCCUUAGCUCUGACCUCCUUUGUAACCCAAACCCAUCUCUAUUUCUUUUGUUUUAUUGUGUGGGGAGGGGGGGUCUCAGUGAAACCUGUUGUGUCUUCUUAAGUGACAACCAUGUAUGUUGCUAAUAUAUAUAUAUAUAUUGGUUUGGUGGUCUGAGAUUGCCACGGGGUUUAGAAACUGAAACUAUUUGGUCUUUUUUUUUUUUUGAUCAUUG